GGGCGCGGUAUCGAGCGAGGGCCGGCCGAGCGGGGACGGCGCCGGUGGUGGCGGUCGCUGGGGCUCAGCUCCUGCCCCGCUUGGGGCUGGGCGGGCCGGGGCGGUAGAAGCGGAGCCCAGGGCCUGAGCUCCGGGAGCCGUUAAAACAUAAACAUGAAGAAAUUAAAGCUUAAAGAACUGGAAAGCUGUCUUCAACAAGUUGAUACUUUUGAAAGUCCAAAACUACUCCUUGAACAGUAUCCAACAAGACCUCAUAUUGCAGCAUGUAUGCUUUACACAAUUCACAAUACUUUUGAUGAUAUUGAAAACAAAACAAUUGCAGAUUUAGGAUGCGGUUGUGGCAUGCUCAGCAUUGGAAGUGCAAUGUUAGGAGCAGGAUUCUGUGUGGGGCUUGACAUAGAUGCAGAUGCACUGGAAAUAUUUAAUAGCAAUCUUGAAGACUUUGAGCUCACGAAUGUCAACAUGGUUCAGUGUGACAUCUGUUCUUUAUCUGAGAACAUGUCAGAUACAUUUGACACAGUUAUUAUGAACCCUCCGUUUGGUACCAAGCAUAACAAAGGAAUUGAUAUGAUUUUUCUGAAAACUGCUCUACAAAUGGCAAAAACAGCUGUAUAUUCCCUUCACAAAACUUCAACACGACAGCACAUUGAAAAGAAAGCAGCAGAAUGGGAAGUGAAGAUGGAAGUCUUAGCAGAACUUAGGUUUGACUUACCAGCAUCAUACAAGUUCCAUAAGAAGAAAUCAGUUGACAUUGAAGUGGAUUUCAUCAGAUUUUCUGCCAAAAAGUCCUGAAUUGAGGCAGGUAUUUAAAAUCUACUGAAAAUGGAACAAUAAAACCACUAAUUUUUUUAAUUC